UGGCGUUCGUGGCUUGAAGUUUUAACGGGUUAACACAGCAACGCAAAAGUGGCAGUCGUUUGCGAUUACUCGCCGUGAACGGUCGGUCAUUCGCUUGAUGCUAAUUGAGAACAAACUGAAAACAUUCAACACAAUCGAUUCGGCAUUGAUUGAUUUGCGUGCAGCUUCAAAAGAAAUAAAAUAAAGUAAAAAAAUAUUGAAAAACGCAAUUUUUGUCUUGCUAAAAACGUGUGUUUAUGCAUAUUUUUCCGUACUUAGCAUAUUUUCGUUCGAGGGCGCGCGAAUUUUGAGCGAACGUGUACGUGUGUAUGUGUGUUUAGCAUUUAUGCCGUAGCUUGAUUUGUUUGUUAAAAUAAUUAGAAUUUUUGCGUUUAUGUGUAAAUUGUUGAGAAUACAGACAGACGCUGACGGUUGGUUAUAUUAAUUGCGUAUGUGUGUGAAGGAAACAAAAAUUAUUUAAAAGGAAGCAAAAUCUUCUUAGCAGUCACUUGAAACUGAUUUCAAGCACUAACUUCAAGUUCGUCGCUUAAGUCUUUCAUUUAAAUGAAAACCUCAAAUUACAACUCCAAUAAACUGAAUAAAAACCAAUAUUUAUGCAAUUGAACAUUAAAUUCAAUUGAGAAAUAAACUUUUAUAACACCAACAGCAGUGGUUAGAAAAAAAGUCGAAUCAAAUAUUGGCUCGCGUGUGAAAAAUGCCCUUCCGCAACUGCUGCUGACAAAGUAUUCGAAAACAAAAAACCCCAGUGACUAACACACAAACAAAUGGCGCUAACGAACUUUUCACUACCCUUCGGUGCCGGUGCGUUGGCGCAACAAGUGCCUACGUGGACUGCCACGCUACCACCACUGCAUCCCGCACACCAAUUGGCUGCCAACACCAACAAUUUACUCUACUCGCCGGCCGAUCAUCAGCAGCAGCACGGUGACGAUGCACCGCCGCCGCCUGAGUCAGAAUUCUACAAAAAUAAUCCCUAUGCACCACCACAACUACAUCAGCAGCAACAACAACAGAUACGUCAAUCAUAUCAAUACAAUAGCAACAACAACAAUCCAAGUACACAGAAUAAUAAUCGGCUGAAAAGCGGUAACACCUACUUGCCGCCCAUACCGCCACCCGGUGCGCGUAAUACACAAUUUAAUAACCAAAAACAACAACAGCCACAACAACAACAGCAUUAUAGUCAUUUCAGCAUAAACCAACAGCAGCAGCAACAGCAACAACAGCGCCACCAACUUCAACAAACAAAUGGCAAUAAUGUCGCUUUCAAGACAGCCAUUUCCGCAUCGACUGUUGCCUCUGCCGCUGGCGGCACAGCCUCUGCUUCAGCGGCUUCGUCAUCGACUAGAACCUACGGUGAAGGUACAUACAAUCGUUUUGGAUCUGGAGGAGGAGCAUCAACACCUCAACAGCAGCAACAGCAGCAACAAAAGCAAUAUUAUAAUUCCUAUACUCACAGCACAUCUUCAUUUGUUGCUCAGUCCCAAUCGAAGACUCAAACACAAACAGGCCAACAGAGUUUUGGCUCUGCACCCAAUACCGAAGCACCACAGCCAGCUGCAGUAUAUGGUGCAGUACCUGCACCGUCAGUGAGGACGGAUGAUGAAUUGAGUAGUGGCGAUGAUGGAGUGGGUGCUGCAGGGGAUGGCGGUGAUGGUGGUACUGGCAACGAAGCAUAUCCUCAUCGUCCGCCAGGAUUUACGCGUGUUCAGGCUGGACAGGGCGGCCGCACACAGGUGCAUGCAGUGUUGGAUUAUGAUGUGGAGGAGGGCGAAGAGGGAGAUUACUACGAUGACGGUUAUAAGGAUGCCAAUAAAAAGUCAUCAAUGCCCACUGUGACGCCAAUACAAGGCCCCAUAUUCCUAAAAAAUGGAACAGCGCCGGUGGUACCGCUUUUCUCGUAUCCUACACUAAAUAAUGGCUCCUUCGUACAAAUACCGAUUUGGUGGACGGCAUUGUCUGUUGCCUUGGGUCUGGACGUGCGCGGUGAUUUAAUCAAAGGUGUGCCAUGCAUCAAACGCUAUCAUCAAUUAUUCUGUCCGACGGCGGGCAAUAGCUAUCCAAUUGACAAAAUCGAACGCUUCAUCGACGACAACAAAGCGCUAAUGCGUCGAAUGUAUGGCGAUUUCGAGAUGAAUCUCGAGCCCGGCGGACCACAAUCACAAACGAAGAAGCGCAAACGACGAUUCAUUGAUGACCCCGAUAUUUUCAUACCACCCGGAGCUUUUCCAGCGUUUGUGCCAGACGAUGGUGGCAGCACGGAACCACACGCAGAGGAGGCCGGCGAAAGCUACUUCGGCAAGCUGCGCAACAAACGUCAAACCAAUCGGAAUGCGAACAAGCCAAGCGUGAAUUCAUUUGCGAAUGCGGGCCAAAAUACGGGAAGAGUGGACGCCUGUGAGUCUAAAGUGGAGAUUGUCACACCUUAUUGGGCCUCCAAUUCGGCGGGCAAAAUACGCGCCAUUGUGAAUACCCAGCACUUUGAACAAGCCAUACAUCAGGAGAUUUGCUCCACGCCAGCGACAUCGCGCUGUGAUCGCGACUGCGGCUGUGAGCAAAAGUAUAAAUGGCAUCGCCUAUUGGCCUACGAUCCGGACAAUGACUGCAAGGGCAUCUUCAUGGACUGGUUCCUCUUUCCGUCGUGUUGUGUGUGUAGGUGUAAGCCUUAAGUGCUGCGUUGGAUGAGCACUGUGAGACACCAAACAAAAUUGUUCCCUUUUAUUUUUAUUAGACUUAAGUCAAAUAAGUAAUGUACUUAAGCACUUAAGCGGCUAACUUAAGCACACAAGUCUAAGUUGUUUUUUGUAUUGAAUUAGAUAAUCAUUUUCAAAAACUAUUUUUUUGCUUAAUUCGCUCACAUUUUUAGGUUAAAAGAAUACAUUAAAAUAAGUGACUAUUUAGUUUAAGCAGAAAAUGUUUGAUUGGCAACGCAGGUUGGCCACGUAAGGAUUAGAAAAAAAAAACAUUUUUUCUUUAGAGCUUUCAGAGCAAAAAAAUUUACUGAUUUAAUUUAGUAGCUUUUUAAAUUUCUUUGUGAUUAAUACAAUAUUACCCUUUUUAUUUUUUUAUAAGUACGUCACAACAUCUACUUAAAAAACUGGUUACUGUUUUUCCAUCGAAAUUAUAAAAUUUAUUGCAUUCCAAGACUUUCGCUAAAAUAUUUCGGAAAAAAGUUAAAAUUUACUAGAGUUGAGCCAGUUUGAUAGUACUUCCAAAAAUUAGGUUUUUUUGUAUGAAUAAAAUUAGUUUUAAAAAAAAUUUUAAAUUUAGCCCCAGAUGUCCGAAUGGAAGAGAGCAGCAGCUCUGAUAAAUAAAAGAAAUGAAAUAAUGAAAUUUAUUAAACUAUUUUUGGCUUUUUUUGAAAGAUAAAUUUGAGAAAACUUGAUUAACCCAGUCAGCUGCCGAUUUAGGCUACUAAGAUAUCCUUGGAAACGGAAACGUAAUUUAUUACCCGCCUCAUUCCUUAGAAUAUUAGCUCAUCCACAUCUUAUUCCCACAGCAAAAUAAAGACACCCAUUAUUUUGAAUUGCGCUGAUCCACUUUUUAAGUAUUUUUAUGCAGACCUUCUCAACUCAAACUGUUCUGUCAUCUGAGGUGAUUUCGGAAAAUUUUAUUUCCAUAUUUUCUAAUUUUAUUUAUAAGAAAAACAUCGAUUUUUGAAGGCGUUUUCAAAUGAGUACAGCUCAGGAAAAUCUUCGUAUAUUUCUGAAAUAUUUGAGUGAUAGUAAUAAAUUAUAACAAAUUUGUAUAAUUCCAUUGGAAGAACUGGAACUUUUUGUGAUGAUGGGGCGCCCGACAUGCAUACAAGCAAACUUUUUUCAAGUAAUUCGAGGUGUUCAUUUUGCUUCCAUUUUUUUUUUUUUUUACAUUUUAUACCCGUCCGCUACGACUUUGUUCCCGUGGGUUUGUUUGUAUUAGCUUAACGGAAUGGAGUUAGAUAUAGAUUUUCCUGUCGUUAGCUUAAUAUGAAAAGGCUCUGAUAAAUAUCCAUUUCACGUCUUUAACGGAUUGUGAUGUACUAUAACCUCUAACUAUGGUAUACCUUCACUAAAGGAUUAUUCCAUUGCUAUGGAAACUAGCAGUGAUACAGGCAUUGAAAACCAAAAAAAAUCAAACCUUAUUCUAGUUUAAUCCUGCAAAGUAAAAAAAUAUUGAAGCGGCCUUUCUAUGCUAAGCUAACGAUAUUUAUGACGCGAACGUGCGAUAUAUCCAUGCCUGACUGUAUGCUCGUUCGUUGGGCCGUCAGAAAUUUGAAAUAUUUCAAUGAAAUUUGGUGCGCAUACCACUCCUGUUAUUGAAAAUGGGCAUGGUCGGAUAGUCACACUCCCCUGCGGUAAUUUUGAAAAAAAUUUAAAUUUUGAUAAUUCAGUGACUAUGAAAAUGUGCUAACUUUUUUAAAAGAGAUAAUCUCAAAGAAAGAAAUAUGAUUAAAAAAGAAUCAAAAAUUGCGAGUGGCACUUUUCCCCCAUUUCAAGGAACUUUGCCGCACCACACUGCCUUAAAUAACUAUAACACAUGGACUUAUUGACAAUUUUCGACAAUUUUUUUGUUUCUCAAUUAAUUUUAAUAAUUUUGUCUUAAAAAUAAAGUUCAUUCUAUAUAAAAAACCUAUCUAUAAAACCCAAAUAAAUGCAAGAGUCAAACAUUGUGCAAAUUAUAUUAGAAAAAAAUUAAAAAAUCCUAUUAAAAAUUUUAAAUUAUUUAAUCAGAAUUUAGAAAAACUUCGAGAAAGCAGUUUUAAAGCCUACUGAAUUUUAGUAAAAUAAAUUAACAAUUUUUCACAAUUUUUGUUUGUUUGCUGGCCGUGUUGACUAUUUUCUUCUGAAUAAAAUAAUAAGGAGCAUUCGUGAAAUGAAGAAAGUCACAGUGAUUUAAUUUUUUUUUUGUUGCCUUGAUGUUUAUUUUCUUCUAUAUAAAAUAAUAUAGAGCAAAUGGAGAAAGUCGCGUUGAUUUUUUACAUUUUUUUGUUGUUGGCCGUGUUGAUUAUUUUCUUCCGUAUGAAAUAAUAAGGAGAAUUCGCUAGAUGAAGAAAGUCGCGUUGAUUUAAAAAUUUUUUUUUUUGGUUAACUAUUUUCCUCUGUAUAAAAUAAUAAGGAGCAUUCAUUAUUUGGAGAAAACCUUCAAUUUAUACCAUAUUUAUGCGAAAAUUGAAUUUAAGAUUUUGAUGAAUUUUGUUGAACUUUUGUUGUUGGAAAGUUGGAAGAUGAAACUUACAGUGCAACCUUUCCUAACGGACACCGCUAUUAGCCGGGCAGCUCCCUUGAGAGGACAUUUUUUGCUGUACUAAAUCUUAUGUAACGGAAGAAUUUACCCUCUUUUGAGUGGACAACUCUCUUGGGCAGACGAAAGCUGACUCAUCAUGAGUGUUCGUCCAAGAGAGAUUUUACUGUAUAUGGUUUUUGGUGGCGCGUGAACCAUAUAUUAUAUUAAUAAAAAUAGUAUUAAAAUUAAAUGAGAAACCAUUCAAUUGUCAAAAUAAAGACCCAUUUUCUCUUGGUCUAACUAAACUAGAAGAUUAUGGAAAUUAGGAAACCACCUUCCACAUGCUAGUAGGUAGGUAAAUAUUAUAGGUUAGAUAGCAAGAGUACCACGGGUACACUACACAAGUAGCAUCUGAGAAAAUUUCAAAAACUUAAAGGCAGAAAAACCGCCUACAUCCAUCUAGAGCUCUUGAUGUAGUGGAGGAAAGAAGCGGAAUUUAUUCUGGAGCACUACCUCAGGCUAUCCAUGAAUGGCACGCUAAGGAAUCUCAAACGCUUGGCCGCCAAACCCGAACAAUUGCAAAGAAAGUGUUCAACGUGCGACUUAUAUAUAUAAUUGGCGCGUACACCCUUUUUGGGUGUUUGACCGAGCUCCUCCUCCUAUUUGUGGUGUGCGUCUUGAUGUUGUUCCACAAAUGGAGGGACCUACAGUUUCAAGCCGACUCCGAACGGUAGACAUUUUUUAUGAGGAGCUUUUUCAUGAGAGAAAUACACUCGGAGGUUUGCCAUUGCCUGCCGAGGGGCGACCGCUAUUAGAAAAAGGUUAGAUUUUGAACUAGCACACGAUAAAAUAGAACUCCAUCUGUCUUUUUAAGUAGGAAAUUUUGCAGUUUUCCUUUAACGAACGACCGAUGUCUGAGAUGAGAACAACUGAAACCGAUGCUGUCGACUCUGUCCUGGGAAGCUCAUCGGCAAUCUCGUUUCCAGAUGGGAGAAAUAUUUUCUGCACAUUCGAGACGUUUGAUUUCCUCCUUAUAGCUUACGGGAGUUGACCGGAAGAGAGCUGCAAAUGGCGACGACAGCGCCUUGAUCGCAGCUUGCAAGUACAAGCAACAGAAAUGUUGGUUGUCUUCCAUUCAGCCGUCUGUGCAACUUAACCCAACGAAGCCUGACACUUUGCGCAGGAAUACGAGCUGUUCAAGACGCGACCGAGGGAUUUACUUUACUUCAUUGAAAAUGGAAAUAAUUUUUUUUAUUUCUAAAUAUUCCAUAGUUUCUGUCCCGUCGAAACUCGCCUCAUAAAAAGUAGUACUUCUGUCUAUCAACAUAUGAGUGCAUUGUUGCCUUUUUUAAGGUUAUUUUCUUAACUAAACAUUAAAAUUAAAGUGAGCUGCCGAUAAAUAUUUUUUCCUUCUCUCAAAAACUUGUUAAACUCUAGGGCCGAAUAAAAAGUUUAGUAAGGUUCAAAAUGAAGUGACAUCCCGAAAAUAAUUAAGCCAAUGUGAGUGAAAAACAGCAGUUUUGCUGACUACUUACCAGUCUUACAGUUGGUUGCGCAAAAUUCAUGGUUUUAGCUGUACCCUCGCCAUAGUUUUGGAACUAGCAAAUUGAUCAGUGUCCGGCAGUUGAAAAAACGAAGAGUUUAAAAUGUCUCUUUAAAAGUAGAAAUAAUUUGUUGAAUCCAUAAGCUAAUCUUGGUUAGAUGAUUAAACGGACCUUAAACUUAUGGAGCUGCUCCUUAUUUGACAAUGACUGUAAGGCUUCACAGAAAACAUGCGCCGGGUAUAUAAAAUUCACUACGGACCGAACUUAAAUAUUUCCUUGAUAAGGUUUUUUUUUUAAUUUCAUAAAAUCGAUUUGAAUAAUAUUUUUAGAAUAAUGAAUUCUUUUCGUAGAUUUUAGUGCAAAAUUUCAAAAAAAUAAUUGUUUGAAAUUAUUAGUUACAUAAAUGUAUGUAAGUCUAUGAAUAUCUAAUAUUAAUGCGAUUUAUAGUAAAAAUUUUCAAAUAUCGAAACCA